AAUAUGUGUUCUCUAACACGUUGAGUACAAUUUGUCAGAAUGUUUGGCCACAAAGUUCCAGUUUCCUGUUCUUGCGUCGUGUACCCGCACCGUUUUCAACCACUCGCUAUUUUACUUCAAGAAACCAAGAUGAAGGAAAGUGUGCUGCUUCCUUUCAAAUGAAAUUUCAGUUCAGCUAUCUUCAAUGGAAUUCAUUAUACUGAUGGGUGAUUUAGUUCAGUAAUAUUUCAUGGGAGUAGUAAUAACCGAAUAACCCGGCACCUCCCAAAUGUGGAAUCUUUCUCCUGUGGAACUAAAAACAAAACACGCACACAAGUUGUCCUAUAAAAGCAGAGUCCGUAAUUGUGUGGCAUGGUCACAAAUGAAUCAAACUUUCUUGUUCAAUCAGUGUGCCCGUGGAUCCAUUUCCUGUCAUUUGGCCAUUAAAGACACUAAAAGGCUUUGCCUGGCAGCGACCGAGCUUGUCCUUCCACUCAGCCCUAAUGAGUUUCCAGAGACUCCAGCAACAGCAACUCUUUCAGACUACAAAGGAAAAAAAAGCUGUUGCUUCAGACCAAUUUAAACGUUUCACAUGAUACCAAACACCACAACUACUGUAGCCCGUGCUCAUAAUGUGGACUUUUUGUUUUGUUUAUGAGAACACUCUAGGACUGCAAGUCUGCAGUUGAUCCACAAAAUGGUCAAGUAAACAUCCAUGGCAGCUGUGAAUUCACAAGAAUUCACAAGGCUCUCACCUGACUUACAUGCACGCACGCACGCACACACACACACACACACACACAAAAGCUCUUUUAUGUCUUUACACAAUAUUUGAGUUUAAAAAAAAAUCGUUAAUUUUUGUAUAUGAAGUAUUUUUACAGUGCAUAAUCACAUUUUUAAAUCACAUCAACUGAUUUAACCGUGAUAAUUAAUUAUCAUUAAUUUUAAAAAACCCACAAUGUUGGACUUAAAGACGUUUUGAAGAGUAGUAGGUGACAUGCUUCAAUUCACAAAAAAAAAAAACCCCGCCUCCCACCAAUUGGAUGCCUCUUUCAGGAAAAAUAAAAAAGUUGCAGCACAAAUAUUUCGACCAGUGGCUCUUAACCUUGUUAGAUAUACCGAACCCAAUCAGUUUAUAUGCACAUUCACCAAACCCUUCAUUAGUGAAAAACAAAAAUGUUUUUUUUACAAAUUCUACAAAUUUACUAAGACCUAAAAAAACUGAAAAAAAGGAAAUAAAAUUUCAAGACUUAAGUAUAAGUUAUUAAGUUUUGUUUUUGAACCAGCCAGCCAAUAACUACCGGUAAUUGACAUGUUGAGUCGGGUGUGUCUUAACCUCCAUGGCAGAGGCGACCCCCUGAAACCGAUUCACCGAACCGGUCGAUCGAACCCAGGUUAAGAACCGCUGAUUUAGACAAAUAAAUGCCUCUGCUAAUAGAUGCUCGAUACAGCGAUUGGAAACAUUUUCCUCAUAUGGAUUUAAUCACUAAGGGGUUACGGGAGGGACAGAGGACCCCCCCCCCCCCCCUCCCUGCCCGCCUGAUUUAUGAAUCAGUCUUAGCACACUCACCUUGAACUCUUGCUGUCCCGACUGAAGCAGUGAGUCAUAUGUCAAAAAUAUACCCACCCGUUUCCAGUUUCAAAACGUAAGACACAACACUACCGUGUGACGCGAUAAACGCAUUGUAAAAUGACUACAUUGCUAGCAGCAAUCGUUUUUACACCUGCCUAACUGAAAACAUUUUUUUUCCUUUUCUUUCUUUUAUUUGCUGUCAGUGUAACUGCUGUUUCCCCUUCAUCAGAAUGAAAUUAACUGUCGUACGGUCUCCUCCACACUCGCCGUCACGCAACUUGAUGUCACUUUGUAGCGCUGCUUGAAACGAGGAAGAAUUCAUUCUUAGCACUUGAUUGAGGAGUUGUAUAAAAGUGAUUAUUGCUACGACUGUGCCCUGAGAUUCAGAUUCAGAAAACACGUUUUUAUCCCUGUCAAGCAAUUUAAAGCUUAGAUAACUGAUGAAGCCUACGCUGAUGAUGGGUUGAACGGUUUUGCCUCUCAUCAGAGUAGGCUUCAUCGGUUCAUGCAACAAGGCUUGAUUAGAACCGCUGACAUCCUAACUCGGACAACCGGUACAGUCCGGUUGCGAUCGAUUCAAUGCCUUGAGAAUGAAAUGACCUGGAUGAAUGAUGAUAUUCACGAACAUCGCAGGGGGGAACAUUCCACGAUGUGCUCCAACUUACCCAUGACUCUUAACGUGGACAAUUGUUAUUGACAACGGAUGGAUAAAUAUAUUUUCCCUUUUAUACAAGUAGCAAUGUGAACCAGAGAACAUUUUGAGCUUUGAGCUGCGCCUUCCUUUGAAGAGGAAAAGCCUUUUUUAAUAUGGCCGUUUGUAUUGAAUCUCAUCAGAAAGUGCAAGUGGUCGUAAAGUUGUGGUCACUCGGAGGCCCAUUUACGGGAAGUUAGGUGUCAGUGUGAAACACAAUGUGUGAUCACAUGUCAUGUUCUGUUCCCUGCGUAAGUUAAAUGUGGCUCACAUCUGUUGCAGUCUGGUAGCCUCCCCCCUCUCCAACACUCGUGCAGUAUUUCCUCCUCGAAACAUGCGUGCAAAAAAAAAAAAAAAGGUCAGACGUCCCUCCUCUGCAUAUGGGCCCUCCCCUCUUUUAGCAUUCUCACCUCCACACACUCCUCGCUGACAUUUCAAAGCAUCUUUCAAAAAGAGAUGAGAGACAAAAGCUUAUUUACCUCCGAUUCCAAUCGCGGUAUAUUUGUGAUUUUGACACUGGGACCUCUUCCAACUCCCGUCCUCGCGCACCCCCUGGGACUUUAAUUUUCACUCCUCAGGACUUAACAGUGAAGACACAUCAGUAGCAAUCAUGAACGCGACCGGUACGGGAACCCGGACGGCAGUGUGCGUCAAGAUCGGUGACAGCAUCAUUAGCGACCUCCUGAUGAGCGUCUACAUCCUGGCCUUUAUCUUGGGCUUGAUCUUCAACAUCCUCACCCUGGGCCCCAUUUUGCAACAAGUGCGCAGGCAAAACGUCCUGGGCAUCUUCUUGCUCAGCCUGUUGCUCUCCGACAUCCUUUUCAUCUUCACCAUGCCCCUCUGGAUCAACUACUACCACCAGAACCAUCACUGGCAGCUGGGCGUCAUGUCGUGCAGCGUGGCCGGCUUCUUCUACUACUCCAACAUGUACAUCAGCAUCUACCUGCUGUGCUGCAUCUCGGUGGACCGCUGCCUGGUGGUCACGUACCCCUUGCGCUCCAAAACCCACCGGACGUCGUGCUACGCCUGGGCGCAGUGCGUCAGCAUCUCCGCGGUGGUCAUGGUGCUGCACGUCAUGGUGCUGUUCAACGACAACCUCCCCGACGCCCACGACGGCCGAGACGACCGCUGUUACGAGACCUACCCCAUGGAGAAACCCGUGGCCUUGUUCAACCUGCUCCGGGUGGGCAUCGGCUUCUUGCUCCCCCUGCUGGUGCUGGCCGUCAGCUACUGGAGGGUGCUGGCGACGGUGGGCCAGAGUCCGGGCCUGAGCGCCCAGGUCAAGAGAAAGGUGCGCCUGCUGUCUUUCGGGGUGAUCGGGAUCUUCUCCGUUUGCUUCGCGCCGUACCACAUCCUGCUCCUCACGCGCUCGCUCAUGUUCUACACGCGGCCGCACGAGAGCUACUGCGAGUUUGAGCAGCGGGUGCACUUCGCCUUCUCGUGUACGCUCGCCUUGUCUAGCCUGAACUGCGUGGUGGACCCCGUGCUCUACGUGCUGGUCAGCAAUGGAAUUCGGGAGGAUGUGAAAGUGUGCUGCAAAAGGAACAAAACCACGCAGAUGAACGAGCGCGCGCCUUCCAGGCACAACACGGCAAAGUUGAAUAAUCAGAUAAUAUGAACGUCCUCUUUGAUAUUCUUCUCACUCGGUCCUCCAGGAUGAGACAAUGGGAUCCGUUGAGAGUGACGCAUUGCCAUAUUUGUGCAACCCCCUCACCACCUCCUUCAUAUUCUGCUCACUCUAGAUGAGGAGGCCGAUAAGACCAGUAUGACAUCCACGAGUUAUGUAGCUGUUAUCCAUCACAGGGAUUCUCCAACCUUGUAGGUCCAGGGACCACUUACAGGGAGACACGUUGUUCCAAGUACUGAAAGCUUUGAAAUGGAGGGCCCACUGUGAACAGCGAUGGACUCAUCUAUGGAGCACAUAAAUAUUCAGUUUUGCUCUAUCAGGGCUCAGAGCUGCUGACGUGCACCCGACCAUGCACAGUGCACAGUGCACGGUUGGUAUCCCGCCUCCCUGUUUGUUUGUAUAGCAGGAAGCCAAAGGGAAACAAAGUUGGUCCCCCACACAAAACAACAAAACACUCGAUCUCCAUAGUGUGGACUUCCUCAGAGGACAAGUUAAAGUUUGCCGAGACUCAAUUCGGACGUCGGAUGGCAACACGACAAACCAAUUUCAUCACUUGCGGGAAUAGCACACAAAACUAUGCCGAUAGCCAAACAAAACGGCGAUCGCCAGAGGAUUGCAGACGCUAGCUCCAAGCUAAUACAGCCUACAGUAACACAUUCAUUUAACAAGGGCGCUCAGCAUUUAAAAAAAAAGGAAGUGGUGGAAAUUCAAAUAAAUCAAAAAAAUGUUUUUCACCCACCCCACUGGGUCAAAAAUGUUCCUCCAAAAAAGGGUUUAAAACUACAUGCGCUGAUGAGUUACAGCUACCAAGCAAAAGGUUACCGGGUAAGCGGUAUAACUGUGGUUAAAAAUAGGACACAUUUUAUGACCAACAUGUUCGAAGAAGAAGCAACUUUCAGAGGUUACCAAUGAGUCACUUGCAUGGGAUGUUCUUCCUGAUGCAAGGCUUGACACGAUGGUUUGGAGGAAUCGCCAUGAAAAAGUGGGGGAUUUGUAUCCGAUAGAUGGGCGAAUAUUCAUGUACCGGUAGGUUUGUGUAAAAUGUGGCAUAAUGCUGAUGUAUAGUCUUACGUAAGAGAGAAAUGUUGACGAUGCGACCAAAUAUUUUAUGGGAAAUGUCAUUUUAAAAACUAAAACAAUAAAAAUAGAAAUUGUCUGGAAAAAAAAGUGAAUGGUCUUUUUUGUUUUGUUCUUAGUGUUUCAUCAAACCCUAAAAAAGUAUCAAGGUCACAACCAAACAAGAGAAAAUUUGAUGACAAACUGAAAUAACAUGUUUUGUUUGUAUUCGAUGCUUUAUUUCACGGGUGUCAAACUCAAGGCCCGGGGGCCUGAUCUGGCCCGCCACAUCAUUUUACGUGGCCCGCGAAAGCAAAUCAAAGAUGACAACUCCCAUGAUGUUUGCUAAAAUGUGUUCCAAAAUUUCAAAUUCUCAUAUUGAUAAAAAAGAGAGAUAUUGUCAGCAUUUCCUUGUUAGCAAACCCCUCAUUGGAGUUACUUAAACAAUAGUUGAAUAAACCAUUAUUCUCGACUUAUUAAUAGGGUUUCACACUCAUAACGGCC